AUGGCAUCUCUGCCCCCCGAGAGGGCUGCUAUCAAAGUAACAGACAGAGGCCUCAGUGAGAACUGGGGGCGCAUUGUUGCUGGGCACUGCAUGAGCACUAAGAUAUCCCCCCGUGUCUCCUCAGAUACACUCAUGUACCCAUAUGGACCCAAGUUUGGAGACAGAAGAACCCCCAAGGCAGACGAUGGGGCGUCUUCUGAAAUCCCCAUCUCAGUGCGCUUCUCCUUCUACAACAGGAGUUACCGCUCUCUUUAUGUGAACAAUAAUGGUGUGGUGUCGUUCGGCGUCCCUGUUAACCAAUUCACACCUGACUCUUUCCCGCUGACCGAUGGCCGGGCCUUUGUGGCACCAUUCUGGGCGGAUGUGGAUAACCGCAUCACGGGCGAGGUGUGUUUCCGGCAGAGCCGAGACCCGCAGCUCUUGCAGAGAGCCACGGCUGACAUCAACACCUACUUCCCCCACGAACAGUUCACCGCGGCCUGGCUCUUUGUGGCCACCUGGGACCGCGUGACCUUCUAUGGCUCCAAAUCCUCCAAGGUGAACACCUUCCAGGUGGUUCUAACCACCGACGGCGACCUGUCCUUCAUCAUGCUGCACUACAGUGACAUCCAGUGGACAACAGGGGCGGCGAGUGGUGGGGACCCGCAUACUGGAUUGGGGGGCAUCCCAGCUCAGGCUGGAUUUAACAGCGGUGGGUCCAAAAAUUACUUCAACAUCCCCGGCUCACGGACCCCAAGCAUCCUGAAGAUCAGUUCAAUGAGCAACAUCAAGAGCCCGGGGCUUUGGGCCUUCCAGGUGGACAAUUUCGCUGUGCCCAACGGCUGUGUCUACAACGGUGCGUGGCAGAGGCCGCAGCACUGCCGUCCAGUUGGGGGUGGCAACAUCUCUCUCACACCAGUAUAUUACAGCCUGCACCUUGCACUUGCUUCGGCUAAGCCCCCUGUCUCUUCUCAUCUCUGAUCCACACACCCUGCUUCGACCCCAUCAAGGAUUUCCGUGAAGCGUGUAAGCCUGGAUGCUCUGGGCCUUUGUCUCUGUCUAAGCCUCUCUCCCAGGCACCCUAACAUCUCCCGACCUUUUCCCCCGUCCAUCCCUCUCCCGGCACCUUCCUCCCCUCCCAUCGCUCGCCCCAUCUCUCUGUUACCUUCUAGGCCAUCCCUCUUUCUAGCCCCAACCUUCUCGAGAACCAGGCCUUCCAGGCUCUCUCUAGCAAACAA